AUUGGAACUGACUUGCGCCAAUUUCAAUUUUCUUUCAUGGGUUCGAGAAUUUUGGCACAAGCGCAUAAAUUGAAUAAAUAUUGGUCAUUUUCCCAGAAAACUCUCCCGAAAAAAUCUAUCGUAGGGAAAAGACGAAAGUGUAGAGUAUUGUAGAGUUUUUCCGUAGAGUGUCUGGUGCCAGAAUCUACAGAAAUGUUCGCCCUCAUACCACGAUCUCUAAUCGUGCGUCUGUCUAGGGCCUCGAGAAACAAUCUGAAUCAAAAACCACUGAUAAUAGAAUCAGUGAAUUUUCUUGACUCUAAAAGGGAGUACCAUGGUGACAUUCUUAGCCCUUCUCAAGUACUGGGAAUUGAUCAUUUGAGAGAUCCUAGAUUGAAUAAGGGUUUGGCAUUCACCUUAGAAGAACGACAAGCCCUAGGCAUCCAUGGUCUACAACCGGCCCGUUUCAAGACUCAAGAAGAACAACUCGAACUUUGUCGGAUAUCCAUCCAACGCUACCAAGAGGACCUCAACAAAUACCUGUACCUCACCGAGCUGCACGACCGAAACGAAAAACUAUUUUUCAGACUUUUGACCGAAAACAUUGAAGCUCUCAUGCCCAUCGUCUAUACCCCUACAGUUGGUUUGGCUUGUCAGAAAUUCGGUUUGAUCUAUCGACGACCCAGAGGACUGUUUAUCACCAUCAAUGACAUCGGGCACAUAUUUGACGUCCUCAAAAACUGGCCCGAAGCGAACGUCAAAGCCAUUGUGGUAACCGAUGGAGAAAGAAUUUUGGGUUUGGGAGAUCUGGGUGCUUCCGGUAUGGGCAUCCCUGUAGGAAAAUUGGCUUUGUACACUGCCUUGGCAGGCAUAAAGCCGCACGAAUGUUUACCAAUCGUUUUGGAUGUCGGUACUAAUAGACAGAGUUUACUGGAGGAUCCCUUGUACGUAGGCCUCAGACAAAAACGUGUGACUGGUAAGUUAUACGACGACUUUUUGGAUGAAUUUAUGGAGGCGGUGGUGCAGCGUUAUGGUCAAAACACUCUGAUUCAAUUUGAGGAUUUUGCUAAUCAUAAUGCCUUCAGGCUGUUGAAGAAAUACAGAGAUCAUUACUGCACCUUCAACGACGACAUUCAGGGCACAGCCAGCGUUGCCGUUUCUGGUUUAAUGGCUAGUAGAAGAAUCACUGGGAAGAAAUUUUCAGAAAAUACACUUUGUUUUCUAGGUGCUGGUGGCGCUUGCUUGGGUAUUGCCGAUUUACUUGUGAGAGCUAUGGUUCUGGAAGGUUCCACAAUAGAAGAAGCGCGUAGCAAAAUCUGGAUGUUCGACAUCGACGGACUUUUAGCCAACGAUAGAAAAGAAGGCAAUCUUGAAGGCCACAAAAAGUAUUACUCCAAAGAUCACGCGCCUACAAAAGACUUCCUUGGCCUGGUCAACGAAAUUAAACCAUCAAUUUUGAUCGGCGCUUCUGCCACUGGCGGAGCUUUCACGCCAGAAAUCAUCAGAUCCAUGGGCGAACAUAACGAAAGGCCUGUCAUUUUCGCUCUGAGUAAUCCGACAGCUAAUGCCGAGUGUACUGCCGAGCAAGCUUACACCAUCACAGAAGGGCGGUGUAUCUUUGCCAGUGGCUCCCCCUUCCCACCUGUGACUGUUGGGGGAAAAACUUUCAAGCCCGGCCAAGGCAACAAUGCUUACAUAUUCCCUGGAGUGGCUCUUGGUGUUUUAACUUCGGGAAUUCAUCAUAUUAGUGAAGACGUGUUUUUACUGGCAUCAGAAACAGUUGCUGAAAAUGUAACUGAAGAUUAUUUAGCUAAAGGCCGAAUCUAUCCACCAUUGAAUGAGAUUCCUGAAGUGUCUGUUCAAAUUGCAAUUAAAAUCUUGGAGUAUGCCUAUAAAGAGAGGAUCGCGACAGUUUAUCCCAAACCCAAAGACCUCAGAAGGUACGUGGAAGACCAGCAAUACAACUGCUCGUAUGAGCCAUCUUUACCCAAUUUGUGGGCAUGGCCAAAGACACCCUACAUGAAAACCAAGCCUUUGGAGCCUACCAAGUUGAAAGCGUAAUGUGGACUGCCUGAUUUUACCAUUAGAAACGUGAGACAUUAUAAUAAUAGAUUAAAUUUAUUUAUUUGAGGUUUAUUAUAAACUGUUUAUUUUUAUGUUUUUAAUAAUAAUUGUUGAUUCUGGUAGGUAAUUGUUGAGAAUUUUAAAUAGUUUGAUAAUAAAAUUGUUUGACUCCGAGUCAAAUGUUUUUUGCUUGGCAAGUAUUAUUCUAAUAACUAUUAUUGUAGAAAUUCUUCUUUAAGGCAAUUAAUUUAUUUAUUUAGAUCAUUGAAACAUCAGUAUUUUUGUUCUAAUCAUUUUAAAAUCAUGUCUAAUAAAGCAAUUAUUACAUGUUUGGA